AUGGUCUGUGGGACGCUGGCGCUUCUAUGGGUGCCCCAGGCACUUGUGUUGCUCUUCUACGACGUCCACGACCUCGGCAAGCACAAGAAACCCGACCAGAAGUGCGAGCUCGUCGGGACGUUCUCGUUGAUCACCCAGGCGGCGUUGGGGCUCCUCUGUCUCCUGCUGUUGAUCAUCAAACGCAACUACGAGUACCCCAUCCGCCGCACGUGGAAAGUAUGGUCGUUUGACGUGCUGAAGCAGUUGGUGGGCGCGUUUGGCGUCCACGUCUUCAACGUGUUCCUCCUGAUCCUCAAGUCGCAGGACGACGCUCUCCAUUUACUUGCUGACGACGAAGUUGACGAUGACCCUUGCGACUGGUACUUUUUGUCGAUCGUGCUUGACUGUACCAUUGGCGUCUACAUCUUAUACCUUGUGUUUUCGUGGCUCAACCAGUUCUGUAAGAAGACGUUGGGCAUCACUGAGAUCGACUCCGGCGAGUACGGCGACCCGCCCAAGUAUCGUGCUUACUUCAAACAGCUCAUCAUCUAUUUUCUAGCCCUCAUGAUCACCAAGUUGCUUGUGUUUGCCAUCGUCGAAGUGUUCCAAGACCAGCUUUUGUGGAUCACCCACAACAUCAUCCUCUUGUGGCUCAACGAGUACCCGGAGGAAGUGGAGAUCUUCAUGGUGAUGUUCGUCAUCCCCGUGGUCAUGAACUGCCUCCAGUUGGUGUUGAUCGACAACAUCAUCCAGAACCAGGCGGGCAAGCUCACUAACCUCAUCAUGGGAGGCCUCACUGGCAGCGACGAAACCGACAGUCAGAUCGACCGCGAGGCCCAGGCGAUCUACGCUCGCGAAGAGGCGAAGCGCCAGGGCCGCUACGGGUCCACCCACGACGACGCUAGCCCCUAA